UUCAGGUUACUGACAAUAUCCAGCUUGUUUUUACUUGUAACUUUUAAACUUGUUGUUUCUUUAUCUGUACUUUCUAUCGAUUUUGGCACUGAAAAUAUAAAAGUUGCGUUACUUAAACCAGGUAUUCAUGGGGAGGUUGUUUUAAAUUCUGAAUCGAAGCGGAAAACUCCUGCAGUUGUCGCACUUUUACCUAAAGAAAGACUUUUCGGCUUAAAUGCUUUACUAUAUGGGGCUAAAUAUCCUCAGCGUCUGUUUUCUCACUUACUUUUUUUGGUUGGUCAAAAAUUUAAUUCUCCCACUGUUGAUUUAUACCGUUCAAUGUUUCCUCAUCAUCGUAUAGAAAAAACAGAGGAAGGAUCGGUUAAGUUUAUUGUAGAUGAUGAGGAGUGGACUGUUGAACAGUUAGUUGCCAUGCUUUUAGAAUAUGCUAUGGAGCAAGGUAGGAAAUACGCAAAGGAGAAUAUUCGUGCCGCUGCUAUUUGUAUCCCUUCAUUUUUUGGCCAAAGCGAGAGAAGAUCUAUGAUGCUCGCUGCUCGGCUUGCUGACAUUGAAGUUCUACAACUUGUUAACGGCAUGACUGCUGUUGCUGUGUAUUAUGGUCUGUUCAAUCAGCAGCACUUCGAAAAGAAGUCUCAGAAUAUCAUGUUCUACGAUAUGGGCUCCGGCUCUACUUCCAUCUCUAUCGUCAAGUAUGAAUUGGGUAAAAACAAAGGCGGCUUUGGAAAUGUAAAGCAUCCCGUCGUGAAGAUAAAGGGCUUCGGCUUUGAUAGGCACUUUGGAGGCUCUACAGUGGACGUCUUGCUUAAGGACUUUUUAGUGGGAACUUUGAAUAAUCAGCAGAAAUCUCAAAACGCUACAAUCACGCCACGGACUCUAAUGAAAUUGUUUUUAGCUGCACAAAAAGCUAAGGAAAUUUUGAGUGCCAACAAUGAAACAAGAGUUUCUGUGGAAGGGGUCCUUCCAGGUGUUGACUUUUCCACACUAGUUCGACGUUCUGACCUCUCCCUUUUACUAAGCAAGCAAGAAGAACGAGUUCAAGUUGCCGUUCAAAAUGCCUUCAAAUCUGCGCAAAUGAAAAUUGAGGACGUCGAUCAGGUCGUCAUGGUUGGGGGUGCUCAGCGUAUGCCUGCCGUCCAGGAGACCAUCUCGAGGGCAUUGCUCGGGAAACAUCUCAGCCGUAAUAUCAAUGCAGAUGAAGCAGCAGUUUUGGGUGCUGUAUUCAUCGCUGCCUCGCGCUCGUCAGCCUUCCGGGUUCUCUGUCACGUGGAAGAAAAACUUUUUUAUGACGUAGAUUCAAGAUUUGAAAAUAUUGUGGAGGGCGAGCCCUUCGCUACUUUUGAGAAAUCUUAUAUUAUAAAAACCCUCUUUUCCAAAGACAGCAAAGUGCCCAGUGAGAAAAGUCAAAAGUUCACUAAAUUUCGUCAUGAUUUUACAGUUGAUCUCUUUUAUGGCACUAAAAAUUUUGACGAAUCGGCAAUUAACAAUCUCCGAUUUUUUGGAGACGGAAACAUCAGUAGCGUCAAUAUCUUGGGCGUACCAAAAGCAAUAGAAGAUCAUAAAGAUAAACAGUUUUCCAAUAUAAAACUGGACUUUGUCAUAGAUCAUAGUGGUUUGCUCUUCUGUCAUAAUGCAACAGCCACUUUCACUUUGAAACAAGAGAAGUUGUCCGGAAGUUGGCUGAGUAAUGCCUUCGGGGGCCGCACUUCUAAGGAAGAACUUAAAACUAUUGAUAAUGUAACUUCUCAGGAUGCUAAUAAUAUUUCGAAAGAAGAGAAUGAAGGAAAAAAAAAAAACGCUACAAGCAACAGUAAGAAUAAAAAAAUGCAGAAACAAAAAGAUAAUUCCCUCCAUGUCGAGCUUAAAGUGGUUCACCAUGUUUCCGAACCUCUCCGGCCGUCGGAGGAGCGCGUGCAGUCUUUGCGGGAGAGGUUGAUUAUGCUUUCAAAGAAAGAAGAGGAGCGCCUUUUAACUGCUGAGGAAAAAAACGAGCUUGAAAGUUGUGUAUACGACAUGUUGGAAAAGUUGGAGUCUGAAGAUGUUGUGAAGGUGACUACUUCCGAGGAAAGAAAGGCGCUAAGAAAGGAAGCCGUUGAAAUCCGAACUUGGUUAGAGGACUCGUAUGAAGAAGUUACUCAUACCGUUUAUACUAAUAAACGUAAACUAUUGGAAGAUCUAAUGAAGCCUGUACAUUUCAGAGCACGUGAAUUUCAGAAUAGACCUAUAGAAGUGGAGAAGCUUAAAAAUCUUAUUUCGAAGACUGAAUCUUUUUCCAUCAACGAUAAGCCAUUUAUUCCUGAAGAUAUACGCGUUUCUGCUGUGAAAGAGUUAACAGACGUCAAAGCUUGGUUGGAGGCAAAAUUAGCCGAACAAGAAAACACCCCAUUGGCCUCUUUUCCGCCACUACUAUCGCGGAAUGUUGCGGAACGGGCUGCUAAACUUCGUUUGCUUUUGCAGGAACUCAGCACCUAUAAACCGCCGGCCGUCUUCGCUAACACCACCACCCCCAAUGCAAGCCCAACGACUCCUGUGGAGACGCCUGUGCCUGAAGCCGCUGCCCCAGUUAGUCGAGGAGGAGAAGGCGGGGGUCAUACUCCUAAUGACACCAAAUCCACCACGCCACCAAUCAAAGAAGAGUUAUAGUCUA